AUGCCGGUGAACGUAAUCCAGGACGGCGAUGGAUCGGGUCGGGUCAUAUUGUCCGAACCUACCGGCUCUACAGUUGAGGUGCUUUUAUAUGGUGGGCAGGUGAUAUCUUGGAAGAAUGAGAAAAGAGAGGAGAUGCUCUUCGUGACCAAUAAGGCUUUAUGGAAGCCAGGAAAAGGUAUCAGGGGUGGAGUAGCCAUUUGCUUCCCGCAGUUUGCUAAUUUUGGUUCACUGGAGCAACCUGGGUUUGCUAGAAAUAGAAUGUGGUCGUUAGACAGCUCUCCUUCACCUUUGCCCCCUGUGACCAAUCAAGCAACAGUGGAUAUUAUGCUAAAAUCCACAGAGGAGGAUUUGAAGACUUGGCCUCAUAGGUUUGAGUUGCGUUUACGAAUUUCCUUGACAGCUGGCAAGCUCACCUUGAUCCCUCGCGUGCGGAACACUGAUAAUAAGGCGUUUCCUUUCACAUUUGCUUUGUGCAAUUAUCUGACUGUGUCUGAUAUCAGUGAAGUGCGGGUCGAGGGCCUGGAGACACUUGACUACUUUGACAAUUUGUCACGAAGAGAAAGGUACACAGAGCAGGCAGAUGCAAUUACUUUUGAUGGUGAGAUUGAUCGAGUGUAUUUAAGCACUCCAACAAAGAUAGCUAUAAUAGACCAUGAGAAGAAGAGAACCUAUGAGAUCCGCAAAGAAGGCAUGCCUGAUGCAGGUUCUUACCAUCAUCUCAUUUCCCCUUCUUUGAUGUAA